AUGGUGAAUGCUUGUUCUUCAGACUCAAAGGAAGUAUACAGUCGGGUUCCCCAGUGGUUGGAAUUUGGACCACUGCUCUUUUUCAUGUAUAUGAAUGACUUGGACUUGACUAUUCAGGACAUAAUUUUAAAGUUUGCAGAUGCUAUGAAAUACAGAAAGGAGAUAGGAGGUGCAAGCCCUCCCCAAAGAAACUGGAAGGGAAUUGCCAUUGCCCUGCUGGUGAUCCUUGCUGUGUGCUCUCUCAUCACCAUCUCGGUCAUCCUCUUAACCCCAGAAGAUACUUCAAAAACAGCAGAUGCUCGACUAUCUCUGGAUGACCUGUUCAGAAUAGAGUUCACUAUACAUGACCCAGAAGUAAAGUGGAUCAAAGAUGUGGAAGUGGUAUAUCGGACUAGGGAUGGGCAUGUGAUCAAACUGAAUAUAGUAACAAAUGAAACAACCAUAUUGCUGGAAAACAGCACAUUCGUGACUUUUAAAGCAACAAAAUACUCUGUCUCUCCAGAUCUCAGAUUUGUUCUUCUUGCAUAUGACGUCAAACAGGUCUAUCACCAUUCUUACACUGCAUCAUAUGCUAUUUACGACAUUCAUACCAGGGAAGUGAGGGAACUGAAUCCCCCAGAGGUGGCAAAUUCUGUAUUACAAUAUGCAGCAUGGGGCAUAGCAGGACAGCAGCUGGUCUAUAUUUUUGAAAAUAACAUCUAUUACCAAACUGAAGUAAAGAGUAGUGCUCUGCGCCUUACCUCUUCGGGAAAAGAAGGGAUAAUCUACAAUGGCAUUGCAGACUGGUUAUACGAAGAGGAGCUGAUGCAUUCCCAUGUUACUCACUGGUGGUCCCCAAAUGGAGAGCGACUGGCAUUCCUGAUGAUAAAUGAUACUUUGGUACCAAAUAUGGUGAUUCCACGCUUUACUGGUAAUCUGUACCCAAAAGGAAAGCAAUACCCAUAUCCUAAGGCAGGACAAGUCAAUCCAAUAGUGAAGCUGUUUGUGGUGAACCUUUAUGGACCAACUCAUACCCUUGAACUGAUGCCACCAGAGAGCUUCAAAUCCAAGGAAUAUUAUAUCACGAUGGUAAAGUGGGUCAGCAGCACAAAGACUGUCGUAAACUGGCUGAACAGACCUCAAAAUGUCUCCAUUCUUACUACAUGCGAAAUUACAACCGGGGCUUGUUCUAAGAAACAUGAGACAGUGUCUGAACUCUGGCUUUCUAAACAGAAUGAGGAACCAGUGUUCUCAAAGGAUGGCAGCAAGUUUUUUAUGACCGUGCCUGUAAAACAAGGUGGUCGUGGAGAAUUCCAUCAUAUUGCUAUGUUCACGCUCCAGCCUAAAAGUGAACUGAGCAGCGUGCGCCACCUGACAUCAGGAAACUGGGAGGUCACUGAAAUCCUUGGAUAUGACGAAGUCCAUCAGAAGAUAUAUUUUUUGAGCACAGAAGAUUCACCAAGAGGAAGGCACUUGUACAGUGUACACACUGUGGGAUCAUUUCACCGCCAGUGUCUUUCCUGCACUUUCCAUAAGGAUAAUUGUACUUACUUCAGUGCCCACUUCAGCCCCAGUAAUGAACACUUCAUACUGCACUGUGAAGGUCCAAAUAUACCAAUGGUCUCUGUCCAUAGCAUAAGCAAUCCAAACAACUCCUACAUACUGGAAAAUAAUGCUGCCCUGCAUGAAUGUAUCAAAGGAAAAAGGAUCCACAAACCAGAAUACAAGACUGUUCAUAUUGCUGAUUAUGAACUCAUUCUGCAGUUGUUGUAUCCUGAGGGCUUUGAUGAAAACAAUCAAUAUCCUGUUCUGCUGGUUGUUGACGGAGCCCCAGGGAGCCAGCUGGUUACUGAUAAGUUUUGGAUUGACUGGGAUUCAGUACUUGUCAGCUCUGAUAAUGUCAUCCUUGCUCGCUUUGAUGGCCGUGGGAGUGGUUUUCAAGGGCUUAAAAUUCUGCAGGACAUCCAUCGAAGGUUGGGGACAGUGGAAGUCAAAGACCAAAUUACAGCAGUGCAAUCAUUGUUGAAAUUACCAUUUAUUGAUGCAAACAGAAUAGGUGUUUAUGGGAAGGCAUAUGGAGGCUAUGUCACAUCCAUGAUUCUUAGUUCCACUGACAGAAUCUUCAAAUGUGGAGUCGCGGUAGCACCAAUUACUGACUGGAAAUUGUAUGCUUCAGCAUUCACAGAGCGAUACCUUGGAUUACCAUCACGAGAUGAAAACAUUUAUCAAGAAUCUAGUGUGCUCCAAAACCUUAAUGAAAUUAAAGAUGAGAGUUUUCUGAUUGUACAUGGGACUGCUGAUGCGAAUGUACAUUUUCAGCACACAGCAGAGCUGAUACAACACCUGGUGAAAGCUGAAAGAAACUACAGUAUACAGAUUUACCCAGAUGAAGGCCAUUUUAUUACAGCUGAAAAAAGCAAGCGACAUAUGUACAGUGCUAUCCUCAACUUUUUCAGAGAGUGCCUCAAGCAAGAAAUGCCUAUAUUACAGAAAGAACCAGAGGAGGAUGAAUAG